AUGAAAAAAAGAAAUAAGCUGAACAGUUUCGACAACAGACAAUGGCGAAAUCUUUGGCUGAACUCUAAUUAAGUAGCAUAUACUCAAAUAAACUAAGACGAAAAACUUAAGGCUUAGCUUCAAGCUAGUAAAGUCGAAGUUAAAGCAGACCAGAAAAACGAUAAAAAUGACAAAAAUAAAUCACCUUAGAAAGGUAAUAAAGAUUAAAAGGAAAAAAAUCCAAAAGAUUAAAAUUAAGGGAAAAAUGACAAGAAGGACACGAAAGCAUAAGAUAAAACAGAUCCAAAAUAAAAGAAGAAAUGA